CACGUGCAGUAGUCAUGGUUCAAGAUGCACAGAGGUUUAUCAUAACUCCAGCAGUCGGGUGAGGAUGACUUGGAAGCCUCUGCAAGAUCCUGGCACAGAAACUACAUUAAAUAAUGUAUUCUGAGGUAUACUGGUUACCUGAGGAAGGGCUCUAAAUAAUGCAUUUUCUGAGCAUGACAGUUGUAGCAGAAGAGAAUGCUGAAACCUGUAGCAAGACUACAGCCUGAGAUGAAAGAAUGUCUCAUUACCAUUUUAUCAAAUGCUGCUGUUUCCAGCUAUGUAAUGUUUUUCGGUCCCAUGAGAUGGAAAUUGAGCAGUGCUUGCUGGAGUCCCUCCCUCUUGGCCAGCGGCAGCGGCUGGUGAAGCGAAUGCGCUGUGAUCAAAUAAAGGCAUAUUAUGAACGAGAAAAAGCUUUCCAGAAACGGGAGGGCUACGCGAAAAAACUGAAACAUGGAAAGAAUCAUCGAGUUCGUUUUAAUCUUGCUGAUAUGAUACAGGAUGCAAUCAUACGUCAUGAUGAUAAAGAAGUGCUACGGCUAUUGAAGGAUGGUGCCGACCCUCAUACGCUUGUUUCCUCAGGAGGCUCCUUGCUCCAUCUGUGUGCCCGCUACGAUAAUGCAUUUGCUGCAGAAAUUCUAAUUGACAGAGGAGUAAAUGUAAAUCAUCAAGAUGAGGAUUUUUGGACAUCAAUGCAUGUAGCCUGUGCAUGUGAUAAUCCUGAUAUUGUCCUGCUACUGCUACUAGCUGGAGCAAAUGUGCUGCUGCAAGAUGUUAAUGGAAACAUUGCCCUUGAUUAUGCCAUAGAAGGGACUGAAUCUAGCAGCAUCCUUCUGAUGUACUUGGAAGAAAACGGUGUGGAGCUGAAUUCACUGCGCCAAAUGAAAAUACAGAGACCUAUGACAAUGCUUACAGAUGUCCAACAGCUCAUAUCGAGUGGUGGAAGCGUGAAUCAAAAGAAUGAUGAAGGAGUUACCCUGCUGCAUGUGGCCUGUGCUAAUGGAUACAAGAAUGUUGCAUCUCUGAUACUGGAUCAUGGUGCUGAUCUCAAUGUAGUGGAUAAUCAGUACUGGACACCCCUACAUUUAGCUGCAAAGUAUGCACAGACUAACCUUGUGAAGCUGCUCUUGAUGCACUGGGCAAAUCCCAAUCUUCUAAAUUGCAAUAAUGAAAAGCCUUCAGAUGUUGCAGCUUCUGAGUUUAUUGAGGAAAUGCUUCUGAAGGCUGAAAUUGUUUGGGAGGAAAAAAUGAAAGACCCUUUAGCUGUUUCUACUUUAUCUCAAGAAGAGCCAUAUGAAGAGAUCAUCCAUGAUCUGCCCACAAUUUCCAGUAAACUCAAUCCCCUGGCUUUACCAAUUGCCAAGCAAGACAGUUUGCUGGAGAAAGACACCAUGUUUAAAGAUGCAGCUAAAGGCUUAUGUAAGCAGCAAUCUCAAGACAGUGCUUCUGAAAAUGUCCCUGUGAGCACUACAACCAAACUUGAACAGAUCAAGCUAAUGCCUCCAGCUCCAAAUGAUGACCUGGCUUCUCUGAGUGAGCUAACAGAUAGCAGCCUGCUUUAUGAGAUUCAGAAGCGUUUCAAUAAUAAUCAGAUAUAUACCUACAUUGGUGAUAUACUGUUGCUUGUUAACCCAUUUAAAGAACUUCCUAUUUAUUCUACUAUGGUCACCCAGCUUUAUUUAAGUAACUCUGGAAAAUUGUGUUCCUCACUUCCCCCACAUAUAUUUUCCUGUGCUGAAAGAGCUUACCACAUGCUAUUCCAGGAGCAGCGUCCCCAGUGCUUUAUCCUCAGUGGAGAAAGUGGUUCUGGAAAGACUGAAGCCUGCAAACAGAUAGUGAAGCACCUCACUUGCAGAGCCACCUCCAGCAGAAAUACCUUUGAUACAAAGAUAAAACAUGUAAACUGUAUCUUGGAGGCCUUUGGACAUGCUAAGACACCCUUAAAUGAUUUUUCCAGCUGUUUUAUAAAGUAUUUUGAGCUACAGUUUUGUGAGAAGAAAAAAACAUUAAUUGCAGCUAGGAUUUAUACAUACAUGUUGGAGAAGUCUCGUGUCAUUAUGCAACCUCUAAACCAGAGUAAUUUUCAUGUUUUUUACUUGAUGAUGGAUGGCCUGUCUGCUGAAGAAAAAUACACCCUGUACCUCAAUAACUUGUCUGCACACAGGUAUCUAAGCCAGACUGUACUGGAAGAGACGAUGGUAACAGCCAACCCUCAGAACAGGGAGAAAUUAGCCCUACUAAAACAAGCUCUAGGUGCUAUGGGAUUCAAUAGCCUGGAGGUGGAGAACCUGUUUGUAAUUCUCUCAGCAAUUCUGCAUCUUGGAGACAUUCGCUUUACGGCUUUGACAGACGCUGAGACAGCAUUCGUGUCAGACCUGCAGCUACUGGAACAAGUGGCAGGGAUGCUGCAGGUUUCACCAGAUGAGCUUGCUUCAGCCUUAACAACUGAUGUUCAGUACUUUAAAGGAGACAUGAUUGUACGGAGGCACACUAUAGAGAUUGCAGAAUUUUACCGGGAUCUCUUGGCAAAAUCUCUAUAUGGUCGUUUAUUUAGCUUUUUAGUCAACUCAAUCAACUGCUACCUUCAAAAUCAAGAUGAGACUGGCAGUGACCAGGUAUUUGAAAUUGGAGUACUGGAUAUUUUUGGAUUUGAAGAAUUUCAAAAGAAUACUUUUGAACAGCUGUGUGUCAACAUGACCAAUGAGAAGAUACACCAGUACAUCAAUGAAGUGCUUUUCCUACAAGAGCAAGCAGAAUGUGUACAAGAGGGAGUUGCCAUGGAAACGGUGUAUUCUCCUGGUAACCAUACUGCAGCCUUGGAUUUUUUCUUUCAGAAACCAUCAGGCUUUUUGUCAAUGCUGGAUGAAGAAAGCCAAUCUAUUUGGUCGGUGGAACAGAGUCUUUCUAAACGUAUUCAGUCUUACCUGGAUACAUCAGAUGCAAAUACAGUGUAUUCCUCCACAAAAGAUGGAAAUGGUAACCUUGCCCCAAAGGAUCAGGGCUCCACCUUCACUGUUAUGCAUUAUGCUGGGAGGGUUACUUACGAAAUUGCUGGUGCGAUAGAAAAAAAUAAAGAUUCCCUUUCACAAAAUCUCGUAUUUGUGAUGAAAACCAGUGAAAAUGUAGUCAUCAAUCAAUUGUUCCAGUCCAAGCUGACACAAACUGGAUCACUUGUUCCUCCAUAUCAUUCCCUUAAAAUUAAAGGGUGUAAAGCAGCUUUGCUGAGUAGAAAACCAUCAGUAGCCUGUGCAAGUGGAGAAGCAAAGAAAUAUAUUGAGCUCAGCAAGCUGUUGAAAAAGAAAGGAACAUCCUCAUUUCUUCAGAGACUGGAACGCGGGGGCCCAACCACUGUGGCAAUACAGCUCAGGAAAUCACUCACAGAUAUUAUUGGGAAGCUGCAGAACUGCACGCCACAUUCUGUUCAUUGUAUAAAGCCUAAUAACUCCAAGCUGCCAGAUACUUUUGACAAUUUUUAUGUGUCUGCUCAACUGCAGUACAUUGGUGUCCUAGAAAUGGUCAAAAUCAUACGACAUGGAUAUCCAAUACGUCUCUCUUUCACAGACUUCUUGUCACGGUAUAAAGAUUUGGCUGAUACAGCAGUAGGAGAAAAGAAGAAGUUAUCUGCCAAGGAGAGAUGUCGUCUUGUUCUUCAGCAGUGUAAAUUACAAGGCUGGCAGAUAGGAGUCCGAAAAGUGUUUCUUAAGUACUGGCAAGCUGACCAUCUCAACGAUUUGUGCCUUCAGCUUCAGAAGAAAAUUAUAACCUGCCAAAAAGUUGUAAGAGGAUUUCUAGCUCGCCAGCGCUUGCUACAGAAGAUGAGUAUCAAACAUCAAGAGGUCACUUCGAUCAAAAGCUUCUUGCAGAAUGCCAAAGCCGAGGAUAUGGGAUUGAAAAUAUAUGAUGCCUUGGUCAUUCAAAAUGCUUCUGACAUUGCCCGGGAAAAUGACCGGCUCCGCAAUGAGAUGAACGCUGCUUACCACAGGGAAAAGUUAGAGGCUAGAAACAGACCGGAAGAAGGCCACAAAAGAGCUGAAGACAAGGGUGGGAAGGUCUCUGAGGACAGCUUUGCCGGCUGUCGAACGCCUAAGCACUUUCAUUCCAGCUCCGUCCCUAUCCCCAUGACAGUGGACGGCUUGGUACAUUCUGUGGCUGGGUCAUCCAUCAGAUCCCCCUCCCUGCACUCUGUGUUCAGCAUGGACGAUAGCAAUAGCCUGCCAUCACCAAGGAAACAGCCUCCUCCCAAACCAAAGAGGGACCCCAACACACGACUGAGCGCUUCGUACGAGGCCGUUAGUGCUUGCUUGUCGGCAGCUUCUAAGGAAACCGCUAAUGAAGUACUGACCCGUCCAAGGCCACACAGUGAUGACUAUAGUACCAUGAAAAAAAUACCUCCCAGAAAACCAAAACGAAGUCCCAAUACGAAACUUAGUGGCUCUUAUGAAGAAAUACCUGGCCAAAAACCUGGGGAUGUAAAACAGACAAGCACAGUAGCUAAAACAGGUGGCUAUGACACCGUGACAGUACAGAGAGCAGCUUCUGCUGAUGGGCCACAACGUGGCAUGUUGAGUCUCUAUAUGUCACAAGAAGAGGAGGAAAAUGAGCCUGUCUAUAUUGAAAUGGUAGGGAAUGCAAUGAAAAGCAGUUCUGCUGAAGCAGAAAGCCCAGAACAAGGAGAGUCUGUAUAUGAAGAAAUGAAGUAUUUUCUACCAGAAGAAGGAAGCAAUGGUAACGGAAUAAUUCCAGUAGUGACUGGAUCUUCUCCUUUGUUGUUUGAAAGCAAAAAAAAUGUUAACAUUGAAGAUGGAACAUUGGAUGGAAACAAUCAAGCGGCUUUGAUCUAUAAAGACUCAUGUGACAUUCCAGCCCCUUUCCCUAACUUGCUGCCCCACAGGCCACCACUUCUUGUAUUUCCUCCAACCCCUGUCACAUGUUCACCUGCUUCUGAUGAAUCACCUCUAACACCAUUAGAAGUCAAAAAGCUUCCUGUCUUGGAAACCAACCUAAAAUACCCUGUGCAGUCAGAAAGCUCAAGUCCGUUAUCACCACAGUACUCCAAAAGUCAGAAAGGGGAGCAUGAAAGACCAGCAUCUCCAGGCUUGGUUGUGUUCAAUGUUUCCAGCAAAGUGACUCCUCCUUCCACACCACCUCCUCCUCUCCCACCACCCCCUCCUCCUGUACCACCUCCUAUUUCCUACCGGGCUUCCACACAUUUUGCGUUUCCUCCAGAGACUUGUGCUAGUUUUCUGAGUAAUACAGGGAAAACAGGUGCAAACUCAGAUCUGUCAAAAGUACCUCAGAGACCAAAUCCUGCUCAGCUUGGAUGCUCCUCUUCUCCAUUCUCCAAACUGCCUUACUCCCCAAAGGUGGCAAGAGCAGAUCACAGGAAAUUGAACUCAAAUUCAUCAUCUUCAUUUCCAUACAGCCCUACAAACUCAAGGUCAUUGACCAGUCCCCUUGAUGAGUUAACUAGCUUGUUCAACUCAGGACGGAGUGUGCUACGAAAAUCUGCAGCAGGACGUAAGAUCAGGGAGCCAGAAGGUGCUGAAACUAAUCUGAACUUGAGAAGCAGGGAAGAUCCAAAUACAUCAGAUGUUGGAUCAGAAACCCAGGAUAAAAAUGCAAAUAACCAUGGAACUCAGUCAUCUAAUCCACUGUCCAGUACUGUGACUGCUGAAAAUGGAAAUUCAGUAUCAAAUGGUUUACCAGAGGAAACUGAAUAUUCAAGACUGUCGGCCAGCACGACUGCAGGCUCAUCAAUUCAAAGACAUAGGGAGAGCCACACUAGUCAGGUUAUUCAUCAGCUUAGACUUUCAGAGAAUGAGAGUGUGGCUCUGCAAGAGCUUCUAGAUUGGAGGAGAAAGCUGUGUGAAGAGAGAGAAGACUGGCAGCAAAUCUUGCACAACACUGAGCAAAGAAUCACAGCCCCACCUCCACCCCCUUGUAAAAAGCCAACGCUGCUGAAGAAGGUAGAAGAUACCUCCUGCAACAGACUCUCUUCGGGCAUAUGGGAUACCACCAUGUGA